AACGUGUGUUUUUUUAAAUCGCGGGCGCGCUGUUUGUGCGAAGUGAAAAUGAAGAAUGGUGUUUCGCGCUGGAGGUGCCUGCGGAGUGAAAGGAAUUCCGAAUUUCUUCACUCAACCCGUGUCGCAGUCGGCCAGGGACUGUAGCCAAAAUUGCACUGCUUAUCAAAGCUUUUCCACGGAGGAAAAAUAUACCACCGACGUUAAGAUGAAGCGCGUACCGCACGCCAACCAGUAUUAUUAUGCUCCAGUGGUGCUUUUGUUGCUGCUGGCCAGCCUUGGCGGCCAGUGCCAGGGUGCCCUAGCGCCCGCCAGUACUAUUUUUGUAAAUAAUAUAGUUCCACUGAUAACGAGCAAUGUUAGUGUUAGUGUACCGAUAAGUUCCGAUAACCACCAAGUGCCUUCGACGGUGAUAUCAUCUCCGUUGCCGUCGACAACAUCAUCAUCAUCAUCAUUAUCAACACCAACCUCAACGCAUGCCGUGCCAAUCGGUGGUGGUGGUGGCCUUCCGACGCAGGCCGCAACAAGUGAAUAUGGAAUCCAGGAGUUGACUAAGCGCCUGGAAUCGACCUUCGAACUGGUUCGCGGCGAGGAAUUGGAUGUUGUUGGCGUGCAGAAACUGUACGACAACAUGGAAAUCACGACAACCGCACGAAAUGACAUGGAUUUGCUGGAAAAAAUUGCCCAAAAGUUGUCCCGCAAACUCGACCAAACGAUCUCAGUAGUCGAGGAGUUGCGUCGUUACAUCCUACAGACCGGGGCCAAGCACGGUGCAAAGUAUAACACUCUGAUCAACCCAUGCCCGUACAGCGAACUGAUAAACCCUUGGGAAGACGAAGCACCGUUCGAUCUGCAAAGCUUCAUCCAGAGCACCAAACUGUCGAAUGCUUCGCUCGGAAAACAUUUCUCCCCCUCGGGCGACGCCUCGGCGCUGAUGAACGCCGGUUCCGGUGGAAGCAGUGGCACGGUGGGGCCCGGUGGCUUCCUGGAUUUCAGUGCCUUCCCAACGAACGCCGACUCGAACCGGCCACGGAUACGCAUCACCGAUCAGACAAUCGACGAUAACAAUGCCAACCUACAGCAGCGCUUUGGCGAACAGAGCGCCGUGAUGGAGGAAAACUAUGUCAGCUUUCGGCAGCAGUUCUUUUUGUCCUCGUUCGAUCACGCCAGCGCGUACAAAUGUCACUACUACCCGCGGGACGGCCGGUUGAAGGCACUGUACCUCUCGACGGUGCGCAGCAAACACGUGCUGAUACUGCUCGACAUCGGCAGCACGAUUACGUUCGAUCAGCUCGAGGUGGCCAAGGCGAUCAGUAAGUUUGUGCUGUUUCUGCUCAACGAAAACGAUCGCAUCGCGGUGGUGGCCAUCGGGCAGCAGGGAGUCGUUACGCCGGCGGAUUACUACGACUGCCGUACCGGGCGUUUUGUUCGCGCGACGAUGGACGAAAAGGAGCGAAUGGUCGAGUUUAUCGACUCGCUAAAUCGCACCAAAACGGCCACAGACCAUGCGGCGGGGUUCCAGUAUGCGUUCGAUGCGUUCGCCGAGAUAUACCGGGCGCAUGAUGAUGAGGUUCCCAUCGUAUUCCUCUACCUGGGCCGUGCGUUGGUUCCCCCGGGAUCCCCGAUACCGACGAGCGUGAUGCAAACGAUCCACGAGGGACAGACGCGCCUUCCGUAUCCGGUCAUUAUCAACAGCUGCCUCAUUCUGCUCGACGAGCGGGAAGUGGCACAGGAGAAGCAAUUUAUUGCCGACAUUACCACGCAGAACUAUGCACGGUACAACCUGUCGCAGGUGAUCUAUCCGGCGGGAAAGAUGGUGAUGAUUUCGAAGCACUCGUUCGACGCGCAACGGUUCAUCGUGGCGCUGAUGGAACCGUUCCUUGGCGCCUCGCGGUUUAUCGAAGAACACCUACGUGCGCAUCUGCCGUACUAUGAUCCAUCGCUGCAGGACACGGUCGUGACGUUGAGCUACCCUGCCGGGGUGCAUGGACUGGUCGGGGUUGAUUUGUAUCUAAGUGAUCUUGCGGAACACGUGGCUUACUACCGGCAGCAGGAUAGUUCGUACGCGUUUCUCAUCGACCUGCAGGGUAACACGAUAAUGCAUCCAUCAUUCCCAAGACCGCUGGCGGCCCGCGGAAGUUUCUUCGUAACCAACAUUACCCGGCUCGAGCGCGAACACUUUACGCCGGCGUACAGACGAAUGCUCGUCGAUCCGGAGGGCAACCUGAGGAUCAAUCACUAUGGAACAAACCGCACGACCGGAUACUACUGGAAACGGGUGCAUUUCUACAUCGUGUGCAUCGUGCGCACGUUUGACGCGGACAGCGGAAACUCCAUCGAACCAGGUGGUGCUCGCGAUCGGGGGAAUCCACAGGUGCAAUAUCUCUACCCGGUGGCUGGCGGUGGACGGAGCACCGUAGAGUACAACUUUAUUGCCACCAGCAGCAUGACGACAAGGAACUUGCUUUCCGCACUGAUCUAUCAUCGGAUCGAUAUUUACCCACCGCAACUGCAGCGUCCUUCGGGGGAUAUGCUCCACCCGAACGGUGAUGGUUCGAUGUGCCGAUUGGUGAAGCAGCUAGCCCUGGCCGAUGCAAGCACCCUUUACCUGAGUGCAUCCUCUUUCCAAUCACCUUAUGCACACAUUCGUAACAACCGCGAAGGCUCGACAAGUGAAGAGGACACCGUGCGCACCAUUCAGAAUAUCAUGGCCUACCUGAAGGACACGUACGGAAAGCUACUGUUUGCAAACCCCGGCCUACAACCGGACGUCCGCAGCGAUGUGCUCGCGUUGCUGCAAGUGCUCUACGACUAUCGCGUACGCCACGGCCAGAGUGACCUUAGCCGAUACAUCGUGCGACGGUACGCGGCCACCGUCAACGGAGUGCUGCAGGUUUUCCCCGGUGGCCUACUGGACAGUGAUCUCGAGCCAACGAAGCGUCCGUGGUUCGUGAAAGCGAUGGCAUACCCGGGCCGGUUGGUCGUGACCCAGCCCUACCUGGACGCGGGCGGUGCAGGGUACGUGGUCAGCGUUGCGUACUCGAUUUUCGAAGGCAAACCUCGAGCAACCAACUCAAAGGACGAUACGCGGCGUACGAACGAUCGAGCGAUCGCGGUCGUCGCGAUGGACUUCACGCAGGCGUUCUUCUACAAGCUGCUGCUCGAUGCGUCGGCCGUCUGCUCGCUGGACAACAUCAAGUGCUUCUUGAUGGACGAUCGGGGUUACCUGGUGGCCCACCCGAUGCUGGUGGAAGCACCACUGCGCCCGGGGAACACUCGCCGCCCGGUGGAACACAUUACGCACAAAGAGUCCCAGGUGGCCAAUGAUAUUCUCAAUCACAAGCAGCUGGUCACAAAGAAGAUGUGCUACAACUACGUCAACCGGACGGUGCAGCGAUUCUAUCAGUUCAACAUGAGCCUCGCCGAGACGGAGGUCGUCACCAAUCUGAUGUAUGGCGAGAAAACGAAGUACCAGAUUACGCUCAUACCGGGCACGAACCUGUUUCUCGGCAUCGUCAACUCCACAAACGAUGGUGGUGCCUUCUGUCCGUGCAGUACGGUUGGAAAUUCGUGUCUUAACUGCAACCGUAUGGAGCAAACGGAGUGUGAAUGUCCCUGCGAGUGUCCACUGGACUACGGCAUGGGUGAACCGGAUGGCGCUGGUUGCUCGAUGCAACCGAAGCGUCCCAAAUCUGGCGGUGUAUUUCCCGUGCCCCUUUGUUCGCCUCUUCCCGAGGAGCUUAUUUCGAUGAGUGCGAUCAAUAUCGAGACGGACUACGAACUGAAGAGCUGUACCAAUGUACACUGUGAAGACUAUACAACGCAGAGCGAGUGUUUAGGUUUGGUUGGAUGUGAAUGGUGCCAGGUGGAUGUGGAUGGAGAAAACACGCUCACUACACCCUUCUGUACGGCGCAGUUGGCCUGCUUUAAUGGUGUCUUCGGAGCGCCUACUCCGUACGGUGAUGCAGCCUACAAUGGGAACAACAUGGAGUCGAUCCUACCGCCCGCCUACAGCUCGAUCGGCCCGGUUGCCGGAGCAAUCCUAGCGCUCUGCAUCGUGGUCGGGUUUGCGAUGUACUGCUUCCGGCAAAACACCGACCAGAGCGGAGCUUCGGAGCAACUGUACGACGAUCUGGUGGUCGAUCACUGCCACGGGCUUCCACUGUCCCGGUUCGAUCUGGAUGAUGGCAGUCCAUCCGAUGACUGUGACAUUAGUCGCACGAAUGCCAAACAAAACCUGCUUAUGAACGGACAGCACAAUGCCAACUACAUGAUCAUCCCCAAUGUGGCCUCCCCGUACCAGAUGUCGGCGGAUUAUCGACGCCCGAAUGGAGCCGGCGGAGGCGGAUCCUCAGACCACGGUUACUCCACCAUGACGCACCACGAGGAAUCGGAGCACCUCUGUCUGUCGAAUGUUGAUCCGCAGGGCGCGCCAACUGGCCACUCUGCCGGUCAUGCUGGGGCCGGAGGGAAACGUCUCUCGAUGUCGGACAGUGCCUCGAUCAGCACGUCCGUCUCGAGUCCGUACAGUAAUCAUACCGGAGGGCCGGGUAGUUCAUUCCUUUCGAAACCACCGAUGCUAAACGGCGAUACGAAGAUCGGCCCGAACGCCGAUCGUUUCAUUGAUCCGGCGGCGGCACAGUCGUUGCUCCCAUCGCCCACCUCCGUAUCGCGGACGGGUAUGUUUGGAGCAACGAUUCUUGCACCCGGCUCUCCCGUUGCCACGGCCCCCAGCGGCCACCACAUCCUCGUCCCAGUGACCGUCCAUAGAAAUAUGGAAGUGUCCUAGUGGGAUAUCAACAGUGAAGGUGGUUAUACG